CGCAUCAGCUGGGCGGUUAUAUUUGAAUGCUGGUCUGGGCCGCUCGGGCGUUGUGACGUGACGUCGAGGGCCCCUGUGUGAGCUUCUUCUCCGAAAAAAUUCUCUUCAGAAAUGGAUGUGAUAUCUUCAGAAACCAGUGAUGAAAAUGGCUGUAUAGAGAGACCUGUAAGAACACGACGUUCCUCAAUUUUGAAACCCCCAAGGAGCCCUCUUCAGGACCUCAAUGGUGGAAAUGAAAGAGUCCAGGAAUCCAAUGCUUUGAGAAAUAAGAAAAACACUCGUCGAGUCAGCUUUGCAGAUACUAUAAAGGUAUUUCAGACAGAAUCUCAUGUCAAAUUCAAAAGAAAUUCAGAACAUGCAGAAACAGAAGCAGGAGAAAAUGUUCCUUUUAUACAGAAUAAGAAUCUUGAUGAUAACUACUGCGAGAUUACUGGGAUGGACACUUUGCUUUGUGCUCCUAUUCAGGCCCAAAUGCAGCACAGAGAGAUUUCAAUUACUGAACUUAAUCAUGAAAGAAAACAUGAAAAUGAUCAAACAGUAAUCUUUUCUGAUGAAAACCAGAUGGAUCUGACAGCAAGUCAUACAGUAAUUAUUAAUAAUGACCCAUUAGAUUGUACCAAAGGACAAAAGUCCAACAAGAUAGAUACCUCAUCAUUUCUGGCUAAUUUAAAGCUCCAUACUGAGAAUUCAAGAAUGAAAAAUGAAUUUAAAAAAAUUUCCAUGGAUCAAAACACUUCUUCAGAAAAUAAAAUAAAUUUUAGUGACUUUAUAAAAAACUUAAAAAGAGAAAAAUCAAAUGAUUUUCCUUCUAGUUUUUCUUCUAAUAAAGAAAAUUAUUUUUCUUCUGAUAAGGAAAAUAUCGAGGUACAUACAUAUUCCAAAAAUUCAAAUAGGACCUCUACUAUGUAUCAGAAGCAUGCGUCUCUUAAUGUUGAAGAAAAUAGCACUAAUAUGACUAGAAUCUUUAGAGAUCAAGAUGAUGGGAUGAACUUUACCCAGUGUCACACAGCCAAUAUUCAGACUUUGGUUCCCUCAGCCAAUGAAGCCAGAUUAAGGGAAUUUAAAUGUGAUGAUACUACAAUUUAUGGCAAUGACUUUAUGGAUUUGACAGUUAAUCAUACUAUACAGAUUUUACCUUCGGUAGAUAACUUGUCCAAGUCAGAAAGUCAAACUAAGGAUGUCUGGAUGGAUGGCACAACACAUUGUGGAACUGAUGCUCCCGAAAAGAAGACAGUCUUUAAGAAUAAAUUGAAUGAUGCCUUAAACCCUGAAUGCAAAACAGAUAUUAGCAGAAGUCAUAUUAUAAGGACAGAAAUUGACACAGUUACACCAUCUUCUAACCAAGAGACUAGAACACUGGCCAUGACCUCAGAAUCUACACUUUUCAGUCCAGGGAGACAAGAUUAUAAGACAGUUUUUUAUUCUACUUGUAAUGAUGCCAUGGAACUGACCAAAUGUGUCUCUAUUAAAGAGAAGAAUAAUUUGCUGAAUCAUGAUAGUAAUUUUUCUAACAUGUAUCCUAAUCCAGAUGCCAUCUCUCUUUUCAUAGACAAAACUAUUUACUCAGGAGAGACUAGCAUGGAUAUUACCAAGAGUCACACAGUUGCAAUAGAUAACCAAAUAUUUAAGCAAGAUCAGACAAAUGUACAGAUGGCAGCCAUACCAGUAUCUGAAAAAGAAGUGGCUAAAAAAACCCCAGCCAUAUCAGAGAAUGGGGGAAUGAUUGUAAAUUGUAGCUCAGUUUCUCAUGUAUCUAAGGAAAGAUUACAACAGAGCCUGGGAAAUCCUUUAUCUAUUUCAUUAAUUGACAAAAAGACUGAAAUCUUUAUGAAUGAGGAUAUGGAUCUGACUGAAAGUCACACAACUAAUUUAGGAUGUCAGCCAUCUCUUACAUCUUCUAAUCCAGCACCUGAGAAUAUCUGUAAACGUAACUCUCACAGCAAAAGUCCUUCAGAUGAAUGGGUAUUUUUGUCAGAAGGACAGUCUGCUCUGAAAAAUCCAAAUACUACUGUUAACAGUCACACGUUGAAAUCUAUACCAGACCAGAAUUCUAAACUGCCUGACCCACCAAGGAAAAGUUUAGGUAACCCCAUACCUGGCUGUUUGCAUAACAAGGCAACUGUUUGUUCAGAGGAGAAGCAGAAUAUGGAUCUAACCAAGAGUCACACUGUUGUCAUUGGAUUUGUUCCUUCUGAAGAACAAAAACUUGGUAAGACUAAUUUAGAAUACAUUAACAGCCAACUAACAACAGUAAGCAGACAGAUAGCUGUAGAUGUUGAAAAAUGUAUUAAUGUUUCUAUAGAAAAAAAAUGUAUUGCUAAUGAUAUGGAUAUAUUGGAGGUCAAAAGUGUACAGAAAUCUGGACUUCUGAGUGAAAAGAAAGAUGUUGAAAUUUGUGAAAGGAAAAGUGGCAGCCUAAAAGUUGAUAAGACUAUUGUAUUUUCAGAGAUUGAUGAAAAUGAUAUGGAUAUCACCAAGAGUUGUACAGUGGAAACAAAUCACAGACCUUUCUUAGAACAUGAUUCCUGUUUGAUGCCUUUGGCAGGAACAUCUAAAACUGUUUUGUAUUCAUGCGGGCAGGAUGACAUGGAGAUCACUAGAAGUCAUACAACAAUCUUACAGUGUAAAACUCUGUCACCAGAUAAAAUAACUACUAGGCCUAUGGAUAAAACAAUAAUAUUUGUAGAUAAUCAAGAUGAACUAGAAAUGACCAAGUCCCACACUGUUUUUAAUGUCUUCCAUACAAAUGAGAAAACUGCGCCUCUAGAUAGAUCUAACUGUGAACUGUACAAAAAGAACAGCCUUGAAAAGCCAAAAGUAGUAUCUGUUCCUGCUGAGGAAAGUGCUUUCUUUCAAAAGAAUGAUGAGGGUGAUCAUUCAGCAGCAAAAGUCAGCCGCUUAACUCUAGCUGGGGAGUGGUCUAAUACUGGUUCUAUUACUAAAGCUGUAGAAGUUAUAGAUGAUGACAUGAAAGUAUCUAAAUCAAACAUUUGGGAAUAUAACCAAGAUAUACAAAGGCCUGGGCUCCUGAAUGAACCUCCAGGCAAAGGUCAGAAAAGGAAAAGCCUUAGGUUAAAAAAUGACAAGACUAUUGCAUUUUCUAAGAGUGACGAUGAUAUGGAUAUCGGCCAAAGUUGUAUGAUGAAAAGAAAUAAUGAAAGUGCCUUGAAAGAUGGAGAGGAUUCCCGUUUGCUUCCUUUGGCUGGAACUUCUAAAACUAUUUUAUAUACGGAUGACAUGGAGAUCACUAAAAGUUACACUACUGCUUUAGAAUAUAAAACUCUGUCACCAGAUAAAAAAACAACUAGACCUAUGAACAAUUCUGUAAUGUUUGUAGAUAAUCAGAGUGCUUUGGAAGUCACUAAGUCCCAUACUGUUUUCAUUGAUUGUCCAGCCACAAGGGAUUUUCUUCAGAAGUGCCCUGAAUUUGGAAUAGCAAAAAGAAAAACCUUGGAUGCCUCUUUUCCUGAAGGUGGUAGGUCUGUUCAAGAUGUCACUAAAAACCAAGAAGAGGCUAGAGAAAGCAGUCAUGAAACUGCUAUCUGCGGAUCCAUUGAUAAUCAUUCUUCUUUAUCAAAUGUCUCUUGUUUUAAGAAUUUGCAUGGGAAUGACAAAUUCUUAAGUGAUAAAACAAAAAAAUCUAGUGAUUACCCAAUGCAAAAUGACCUUACUUUUGCAAACAAUUUAGCUGUUGAAUAUUACUCAAAAUCUGAGGGGCAGCCUCUCUCUGCUUGUUUAUCAGAGAAGGAAAAAUUUAUUCAAACCAAAGGACAGUUAGACUAUGCCAUAACACUGUUCAAAGAUCAAGAUCUGAUUAAAGAUUCAAAAAAUCAAUUAGCUGAUCAAACUUUGGUAUAUAGUCAAGAUCUGGGAAAGAUGACUAUAAUUAAUUCUGAGCAAGUAUCUUUGAAGAUUCCAGAAGCUCAGAAGGAGCCCUUUAUUAAUAAUGCUGCACAUGAUGUAAAGAAGAUAUCUGUUGAUAAUGUAUGUCUUGUUUCUCAACCACAUUUUACAACCCAGCAACUUCCAUCACUUCAACAAGGACAGUGCAUUGUUAAUAAAGAUGAAACAAUAUUUUCUAAAGCUGUAAACAAUUUAGAUACUGUUCCAAGAAAUUCCUCUGUACCCGCAUUCGAAAAUAAAUCCAAAAUCCUAAAUAGUGAAAAAAAGUUUGCUGUAGCCUGUGAAAAAGAACAGGAGAAAAACAUUGAAACAGCUCAACAUCAUACCGCUGUAGAUUUCAGCAAUAACCCAGACUUGACCAAACAAUUUAAUGAAACUCUUGCCAACCCCAGAGAAGAAUCAGAUUCUAUAAUUUCAUCUAAUAUUGAAAGUUAUAAUAUCAAGCCAAAUCUGAAUGAUUUGAAUGGAACAGAUUUUAAAACUGCUCCUAUAUCAUGUUCUCCAGAACAAUUAUUUGAAUUAGUAAAUAGGGCACAUGGUAAUAUGGUGCAAGCUACAGAAAUACAUAAUAUUAGCACAGUGACCAACAAAGUUAAUGAUGAUGGAGCUAAAGAAAAUAACACUUCUCAUAAUGUAGCUAAGGCCAACCCUGUACCAAGGACUGUUAGGAAAGAUAAAGUGAAGAGAUAUUCUUUGGGAAUUUUUUUGCCCAGAUUGCCAAACAAGAGAAACUGUAGUGUUACUGAUAUGGAUGACCUGGAUCAGAUGCCAGCUGAUGCAGCUGAUUUAAAUUGUGUAGAAACUCAACCAGUCUCUGGCAAGGCUUCAGGCAUUGGAUUUGUUACUACUGAACUGAACUUAAGUCCGUCUCAGUAUAUAAACGAGGAAAAUCUUCCUAUAGAUCCUGGUGAGAUUAAUUUCUUAGACUCUAUUAGCUUAGAAAUGGAUGAAAAGGCUUUGUCUGAGACCAACCAAAAAGAGAUUUCAUCAUCUGAAAAUAAAAUGGAAGAAAACUGCAACAGUCAUAAAAGAACCUGGGUACAAGAAGAGUAUGAUACUCAAAAUGAGAAAAAAAUUAAGAAACAUGACAUUAGGUUUACUGAUACUACAACAGAUCAGAAGAUUUCUGAUGACCAUGCUGAGGGGAAUAUAGAUAAGACUACUAAUAGUGUGAGCAGGACCCCAUCCAGUUGCAGCAGUUCUCUGGAUUCAAUCAAAGCUGAUGGAACCUCUCUGGACUUUAGCACACACCGAAAUAGUCAAAUGGAAUCUCAGUUUCUCACAGACACAAUUUGUGAAGAGAGCUUGAAGGAGAAACUUAAAGAUGGGAGAAUAACAUUAAAAGAGUUCUUUAUACUUCUCCAAGUUCACAUUUUGAUACAGAAACCUCGACAGAGCAAGCUUCCAGCCAAAUUUACUGUAAACUCACCGGCUACCCCAGAAGACCUGAUGUUAAGUCAAUAUGUUUAUCGACCCAAGAUACAGAUUUAUAAAGAAGAUUGUGAUGCUCUUCACCAAAAGAUAGAAGAAUUAAAGCUUUCUGCAUUGAACCAAGACAAACUGUUAACUGAUGUAAAUAAGAAUCUCUGGGAAAAAAUGAAACACUGCUCUGAUGAAGAGUUGAAGGCCUUUGGAAAUUACUUGAACAAAAUAAAAUCACGUUUUACAAAGAUGACUAAAGUCUUCACUCAUCAAGGAAAAGUGACUCUUUAUAGCAAGCUGGUGCAGUCGGCUAAGAAUGAGAGGGAGAAACUUCAGAUAAGAAUAAACAAGAUGGACAACACACUUAAGAAGAUUGAUAACUGUCUCACUGAGGUGGAGAUAGAAACUAAGGAUUUGGACUGUGAAGAGAAAGAUAAUACUAUUAAAGGAUGGGAUUCUGAAAUGAGAGCUGCUGAGAAAGAACUGGAACAGCUGAAAACUAAAGAAGAAGAACUUAAAAGAAAUCUUUUAGAAUUGGAGGUUCAGAGAGGACAGAUCCUUAAUCAAAUAGACUCUAUACAAAAGCAAACAAGUAAAACUAACGAGCUGCUGGAUCAGCUGAGCUUGUCUGAGUGGGAUGUCAUUGAAUGGAGUGAUGAUCAAGCUGUAUUUACCUUUCUUUACGACACAAUAGAACUCAAUAUAAUUUUUGGAGAGACAGAAGUUGGUCUCCCUUUCUUGGACAAGUCUUCUAGGAAGAUCAUUGACCUGAAUUUUCAAUCUCUCUUAGAUGAGAAUGAAGCGCCUUCUUCCUCUCUUUUAGUUCAUAAACUUAUUUUCCAGUAUAUUGAGGGACAGGAAUCCUGGAAGAAGAAAUGUGCAACACAGCUUCAAGUACCCAAGAUGCUUCAGGAAAUCUCACUAAUAGUGAGCCAUUGCAGACUCCUUGGAGAAGAGAUUGAGUUUUUAAAGAGAUGGGGAGCAAAUUAUAACCUUAUGAGCAUAGAUGUGAAUAAUACAGAAUUGAAGCUUUUAUUCUCCAGCUCCGCAGCAUUUGCGAAAUUUGAAAUAACUUUGUCUCUCUCAGCCUGUUACCCAUCUGUUCCCUUACCUUUCACAUUUCAAAAUCACAUUGGAAACAUUGGCAAAGAUAAAAUCACUGCCAUUCUAUCUAAAGUACCAUUGGAGGACAACUACUUGAAGAAUGUAGUCAAGCAAAUUUACCAAGAUCUGCUUCAAAACUGCAGUUUCUACUCGAUCGAUGGGCCACGGCAAUACCAAGCCUAG